AUGGCUUCGUCAACUCUCAAUCGGUGGCUGAGGCCCGAGGUGUAUCCUCUGUUUGCGGCCGUAGGAGUAGCCGUGGGGAUAUGCGGAAUGCAGUUGGUGCGGAACAUCUGCAUCAAUCCUGAAGUCAGGGUAACCAAGGAAAAUAGGACUGCAGGAAUACUGGAUAACUUUGCUGAAGGAGAAAAAUAUGCUGAACAUGCCCUCAGAAAGUUUGUCCGCAAUAAGUCUCCAGAGAUCAUGCCUUCCAUCAACGGCUUCUUCACCAACCCAGAAUGA